AUGUUCAAAACGCUUUUGAGAAGCGCUAGCUCUGUCCCUUUUAGACAACCUGCUCUCCCAAGAGCUAUUGUUCAAACUCCUAGAUCUUUGUUCUAUGCUAAAAGAUGCUACGCGAAGUCGUGGGACGGCAAUAACUCUAGCCCAGAUGUCGAAGCGCAUUUGAAAGUCCAGAAACUGCUGGACGACAUUCAACAGCACCCUGGCGUGGCGGCCAAACUGCAUGCAGUGAGUGAAAUCAUGGUUUCCAAAGGGCUUGCGAACGAGUCGGCCCCUCCAGGCCCUUGGCAGGUUGUCAAGAUUUUAACCGACAAAGACGUUAGGAAGGCCAUGGGCGAGUUCAAAGCAGAACUGGAAAAAUCGGGCAUUGAGCUGGGGCCGGAUCAGCUUGGACCCUUGAUGACGGUUCUAGGGAUGGAGAAGAAGUAG